AAGACGGGAAGACCUGCUAAGAGCGUCAAUACUGUCACUCUUCGUAACCGUGACAAGGUGUUAAAGUCUGUAAAGGCAAUCGCCAAAAGUCAGGGCCUUACACCUUUCUACAAGCUUGCUCAAAGGCGCGCCGCUGCUAUUGUUCGCUCCCAGCAACCGAAAUCAAAGAAGCACGUGAAGAAAAUUGAUGCGUAA